AUGCUGGACGACAAUGACUACUUUUUGGGCGAAGAUUAUCGAUGCUGUUUUCGUAUACUGCAUAUUGUGGUAAAUUUUUUUCUUUUGAAUUCCAAAAUUAGUGGGAGUUUUUUUUGGGGUUUACUUUAUUUUGUUUUAACUAAAGAUAAUUGGGGUUUACGAACGAUUCUACUAGCCGACAUUAUUCUGACAACAACUUUUCAACUGUUACUGCCAUUGAAGUUCGGAUAUUUUGAUGCAUUCUGUAUCACGCAACUAUGCAUAACGGCGACAACUGUUAUAUGUGCCUUACUUACCACAUGGAAACAACGACGAGAUAUUGUAUGGCCAUAUAUUUUUUAUAAGGUAUUAGCAUAUACCGGUGUUCUUUUUAUCCUUCUCUCUUUCCUCUGUCGUUUCGUCUGUCUUUUUAUCCUUCUCUCUUUCCUUUGGCAUACGAAUAAUUAUGGAGAGUGGGUAAAAAAAGAUGUUCAUUAG